AUGUCUCCUACCACUCUCAAGUCACUUCUUACUCUCGCUCUCACCGCGAUAGCCUUCCCCUCGGUCUCACAGGCGCAAACCGCUGGACCAGAAAAUGGCACCCUCGUGAUUGUCGGGGGCGGAACCAUCGCCGACUCAAUCUUCGAGCGCAUCAUUGAGUUCGCUGGCGGUCCUGACUCCCCCAUUGUCACGAUCCCAACCGCAGACGGUGGCCCAGAAUACGACCAGAAUGCCGCAUCAGCAGCGAUCUUCCGUCGUCUCGGGGCUACCAACGUGACAGUCCUCCAUACCUACGAUCCCAAAGUAGCAGACACAGAUGAAUUCAUCGCGCCUCUGCUCGAAGCACGCGGUGUCUGGUUCGGCGGCGGCAGACAAUGGCGUCUCGUAGACGCCUACGCAGGGACCAAGACUGAAGCCGCCUUCCACGACGUCCUUGCUCGAGGGGGUGUCGUGGGGGGUUCCUCCGCGGGCGCCAGUAUCAUAGGAAGUUUCCUGGCUCGCGGCGAUACUCAGACGAACGAGGUUAUCAUCGGUGACCACAUCGUCGGCUUUGGAUUCUUACAGAAUGCCGCGAUCGAUCAGCAUGUCCUGGUGCGCAACCGCAUGUUCGAUAUGGCUGAUGUGCUGAAGUUGAGACCCGAGUUGUGGGGUGUUGCGUGUGAUGAGGGGACGGCGUUCAUUGUGGCGAAUAGGACGGAUGCGGUGCUUGAUGGGAGGUCAUAUUGUGUUAUUCAUGAUGGGGGCUUUUGGUCCCGGGAGGAGGGGAGUGCAGGGCCGGUGGACCCGGAUCCGACGGAGGUUUUUUAUUUGGUGAGGGCGGGGGAUAGGUAUGAUCUUGCUACGAGGAAGGUUGUGGAGUAG